CUCACCAUUGUAAAGACACCAUUCUUAGAAACAAACUAACACAAACUGAAAAACCAAUUAGGCAAAGAUGAGUGUCAGUAAGAUUCAUGUGGUUAUGUUUCCAUACCUUGGAUUUGGUCACAUUAGUCCAUUUGUUCAACUAUCCAACAGAUUAUUCUCUCAUGGAAUUCAAAUCUCAUUCCUGUCACCUUCAUAUAACAUUCCCAGAAUCAAAUCAACCUUCAACCUCAACCCUUCCAUCCAAAUCAUUCCCCUUAACUUCCCAAAUAGCAUAGCCAAUAACACUUCUGAAUUGCCCCCUGACAUGCAUGGUACACUCUUUCAAACAAUAGACUUAAUGCAAGAUCAAGUCAAAACCAUUUUGGUGAAGCUUAAACCCCAUUUUGUUUUCUUUGAUUUUGUACAAAACUGGCUACCAAAAAUAGCUUCUGAACUUGGCAUCAAAUCUGUUCGUUUCUCUGUCUAUUCUGCAAUUUCUACUUCUUAUUUCUCUCCACAUUUAAGACUUUCUGAAAAAAGAGACAUUACUUAUGAGGACCUUAAAAAUUCUCCGUUUGGGUAUCCUCAAAAAUACAAAACUUCCCUUCAAACCUUCCAAGCCAGAAUAAUCUUCAUGAUGCUCUUCCAAAGAUUUGGUGACAACCCAACUGGUUCUGAUAGAAGUGCGCAGAUACUUAGUGAAUGCUCACUGAUAGUAUUGAAAAGUUGCAGGGAAAUUGAAGGUCCAUAUAUAGACUAUUUUCAAAACCAUCUUAAAAAACCAGUUCUUUGUUCUGGAGUACUUGUUCCAGAGCCAUCAACGGAUGUGCUUGAUGAAAAAUGGACAAAAUGGUUAGAUAACUUUCCAACAAAGUCAGUCAUAUUGUGUUCCUUUGGUAGUGAAACAUUUCUAAGUGAUGAUCAAAUCGGCGAACUAGCAAAUGGGUUGGAACUCACAAAUUCACCUUUCAUUUUGGUUUUGAAUUUUCCAUCAAAUCUCAGUGCUGAGGUUGAGUUGGAAAGAGCAUUACCAAAAGGUUUCAUAGAGAGGGUGAAGAAUAGAGGAAUUGUGCAUAGUGGUUGGAUGCAACAACAACUUGUUUUGAAUCACUCAAGUGUAGGGUGUUAUGUGUGUCAUGCUGGUUUUAGUUCUGUGAUUGAAGCUAUAGUUAAUGAUUGCCAGUUGGUGUUGUUACCUUUCAAGGGUGACCAGUUUCUGAAUUCUAAGCUUAUAGCUGAUGAUUUGAAAGCAGGGGUAGAGGUAAAAAGGAACGACGAAGAUGGGUUUUUUAAGAAGGAGGAUCUGUUGGAGGCUGUGAGAGCUGUUAUGGUGGAAGUUGAUAAAGAGCCAGGGAAAGAGAUAAGAGAGAAUCAUAUGAAAUGGAGAGAGUUUCUGUUGGAUAGGGAAAUUCAGAACAAAUUCAUUGUAGAUUUGAUUGAGCAGUUAAAGUGUUUGGCUUAGUGAAUGGUUUCACUUUGAGUUAGGGAGAAUCAGUUUGAUGUUUCAGCAAAAUCACAAUGUUACUAUGAUUGUGAUACCAAAUAUACUUUGUUUACUCCCUUCCAUUGGCAAAUAAAAUUUGUGCAAUUAAAUUAGUUCUUUAAUAGGCGUCUUUAAGACACUCCAUUUAACAAGUUAGUAGCUAAAAGGUAAGACUUCAUUUCUGAGAAAAGACUCAUUGAAGCCAACUCAACUCCAUUUAAUAAGUUAGUAGUAAAAGGUAAGACUUCAUUUCUGAAUAGACAAGAAGGAAAAAAGACUCACUAAAGCCAACUCAACUUCAUUUAACACGUUAAUAGCGAAAGUAGCGAAAGAUAACCUUCAAUCCCGCGUAGAUAAGAAGGAGUAAGUCCUAUUGAGAUUGCAGGCUGAAAAAAAUGGGGGAUGCCUUAGCUUGUGGGUAUAAAACCACAUGGUCAUGUACUAUCUGAUUGUCCAAAAGGCAUAGAUUGAUAAAUCCAAUGAUAUAAUCUUGUGAUGCUGUACACCCCUAUAAAGCUGAUGUACUGUAGAAUUUUCCUAUGGAUAAUUGAAUUUCAAAA